AUGAUCAGGGAAUCGGCGCCCCGCCCACCGACCGCGCCCUCCAAAACCCCCCACAAACCCGCCAAAGCCCCCAGCCGCAAGCACGAAAAGCGCAUCUCCAAACACGCCACCCUCCUCUCCCGCAUCACCAAGCCCACCGCCGCUACGUCCAAAGUCACCAAACGGAGACGGCCGAGCAGGAAACUCGUUACGGGUCUGGACUCUCUCGCCGAUGCCCUGCCGAGAGCUACCGACGGUGACGGAGAAGAAGAAGCAUGGGAAGGUAUCGUGGCCGAAGGAGGUGGCGAGGACGGGGCGAGGAAGAUCAAGCACAGAUCCCUCAAGAGUAGACCCGGCGCCGGGAAGAAGAAGGAGAAGUUAGUGGCGAUGGAGCGGGAGCGGUUUGCGAAGAACUUGGCGCAGAUGGCGGCGGGGCGUGUUUCUGUUCCUGGUCCUGCGGACGCGGAUGGAGGGGUGAUGAUUGUGGAUGGGAGGGAAGAGGGCGAGGGGACGAAGAAGGGGAGGGGGAGUGCGGAUCGGUGGGCUGCGAUCCGGGGGUUUAUAAGUCAGACGAUGGAACGGCGGGUCGGGGGUGAGGUUGGGGUGGGGGGGAAGAAGUGA